AUAGAGCAGCGCUGGGGAUUCCUGGCUACUUGGUGCGACGCGCUCAAGAGCCGAGUCACGUACACAGGCCCCGAACGCGGUCGGUCUCUGGGGACCUCGUCCGUCACGCUGCCAAUGCGGGAAGAGGGUCAGGAUGCAGACGAUGAAGUGCGUUUCCUACACGAAUUCCAGAAGACGAGGGAGGCCAAGGCGCUGCUGGCAGCUGCAGCGCACAUGGACUACGACGCGUGGCGGUAUUUACUGGAGAAAAACUGCGGCGUGCAUCUCGGCGUCGAAGGAGAGCCGCUCUACGAGGAGAAGAUCCCGGUUCGGUACACUGUAAUGCUGGAUCAUGAUGCCCAAACGAGCAUUCUACGUGACUUUCACGACCUCGGGGCACACGAGUACGACCUGCUUUUCUUCUUCGGACCGCACCAACGUCUUCAUCCCAGCGCGAAGUAUAGAGAAACGCUGCAGCAAAUUGCUGCUCUGGAGCAGAAUUUGCACCGUCGAGAAGCGGGCUUCGACUUUGAGGUUCCCGUCCGGGUGGAGUUUGCCCCUCCCGAACCGAGCGACGGUGUGAACGAGCUUGUUGACGCUGGAAUCGCAGAGCAGACCCUCAAGGAGCAGUGGGAAAGGUUCCUUCGAUCGGGCGAGGACGAAGCCGCAGUGCUCGGAGAAUGGAGGUGCACUUUUGUGUUGGAGCGGAUGAUUGGCAAGCUGGGCGUCAUCGAUCUGUGUGAAGACAUGGGGCCAACGAUCAAGGUCCUGCUGCAGCAAAACGCUUGGCUGUCUCUGCUGUCAGUUUCUUUGAAUGUCGGUGUGAUGCCCUCGGUGGGAUCUUACGGCCGGCUCCUUUCCAGUGUGUUUAGCAGUACGCGCAGACCUCCAGAGAUCGCGAACACGAGCUACCACCCUGCUUUUAGUGAUCGACCCCCGCUGCAGCUCGGCGAGAUUGAUUUUCUUUGUGCUUCCACCUUGCGAGUUCAUGACAUUGGAGCGAUGUGUUCUGCGGUGGCACAAACGCAGAUGACAAGGAAGCUCACGCUGCGGCUCUGCAUGGACAUUCGAGAGCAAGAAAGAAACCGAAAGUGCUGGAAAUGGCUGGCGUACGCGCUUUUUUCCAAGCGAGCGCAAGCGUUCUCGUCCGUGGAAUCAUUGGCGUUCGCUGGAAUUCGCAGCAUGAGUCGGUCAGAUAUGCAGGCCUUUACCUCUAUGUUAACGUUCGAUAACCCGGAAGAAGACUUGUUCGGUUCCCCGCCUGGUCCAGUGCAAGCGAGAGACGCGACGCUAAGCGGAGACUCGCGUAUUCGAUGUGUGCUGGAUGAUCUCAACGGUUCGACCAACACUAAAGCCAUCACUUUCGAUGUGCCAGUGCCUUUCAUCCGGACUUUUAGCGACGAUGGCAAGAGCACAUGGGUUGACGCUAUCGUUCCUGGCUACGGUCGAUGCCGGGUGCAGCGGCGCGACUUGGUGUUCGGUGAUGUAAUCAGCAGCAAUGGCGAUGUGGUUGGUAGAGGUAUAACCUCCCUCAAUCUUCGAUUCUACAAGGAUGCACCUUCCGUUACCGACGGUUUGGUGCUCUUCUUUGGUGCUGUCGGGUCUUCACUAAAACGCCUAGCGUUGGAUGCACCGAGAGACGAACUGUCCUCGAUUCUCCAGUGUUGCCCAAGUCUAGAGGAGUUGGUGCUGACCGGGGGAGUAGUGGAUGCUCAGCUCCCCUUCUUACGUUGCCUCCCCUUCCUCGCCCAGCCCUUUCACGGGCUGAACUUCGACUGGGAUGAGAUUACUACGCUCUCGGAGCAGUUGAGCGACGUCCACAAUCCUCUUACAACCUGCUUCGACCACGCAAACCUCAUCGAGCGUCGUCUAUCGGCGCUCUUGCGAAUGCUGAGCGUCAACAAAAGCUUGGAAUAUCUCGAGGUUGUUGUACCUCCUGGUUAUGAGAGAUACGGUGACGAGUUCUACGAGCACCACCAAGGGCCAAUUUGCCGACCGCUCAAUCCACUGUCAGCUGCAGCCAAGCUCGCGUUUUUGAGCGUGUUGCAGUCACUGAGUCCGGCGAAGAAGCGACCCGCAGCAGCCGAGAGACCACAGAGCUUACGCUGGCGAAUGGACCGUCACGUCAUUUCAGAGAUUUUUACCUUUGCAGCAGAUCCGGUUCUUAGACAGGUGUGU